AUGCAAUCUGGCUAUUAUUACCACACAAAUAUGUUGUAACUUGUAAGCGUUGCUGUUUUAUGGAUUUUAUCCAUUUUCUAUGGUCUUACACUUGGGGAUCCUAGAAUACACAAGUGACCACAGAAAACCUACAGCGGCUUCUUAUUGGAAUAGAUGGCAACAAUGUGGCUGGUCUUUGCUCUCCUUCUCCCACACUAUGGUCUGUCUGCACCGAGGCUCAAGGACAUAGAUGUCUGCCGUGUGGACAAUGCAAAACUCCUUCACCGGAUCCAAGUCUUGGAGAACAUGCUAGAGCUGGGCCGACUGCAGCUGAAGGAUCUCAAAGAAAACAACUAUCACUCUGUCAAGAGCAAAUAUCAUAAAGGCAACUUGGCCAAAAGCAGAAUGCAAAAUGUCCAAAUUCCUCCAACUAGUGGGAAUCUCAUAGUUUAUGAUGAAGAUUGCUCAACAGUUUUUGAACGCGGUAAAAAGCAAAGUGGCUACUAUCGUGUACAGCCGUCCCCCCAGACUGAGCCCUUCAUGGUGUACUGUGACAUGUCUGAUGGAGCAGGAUGGACCGUUAUUCAGCGACGAAGCAAUGGGAAAGUUAGUUUUAACAGGAAUUGGAAGGAGUAUAAGGAAGGCUUUGGCCUCUUUAAGAAGAGAAAUGAUGAACACUGGUUGGGUAAUGAUCACAUUUAUCACCUCUUGAACAGUCGAGAGAUGACUCUAAAGAUACAUCUCAUGGAUUGGCAUGGGAAUACAAGAUAUGCAAUCUAUGACACAUUCCGAAUUACCAACGAAGAGGACAAGUACAAGCUGUGGUUGGGCUCGUACUCUGGCAACGCAGGAGAUGCUCUGGAUGGUGGAAAUAACUUUGCAGAACAGUGGUCGGCCUCAGUCAAAGGGAUGCCCUUCAGCACUGCCGACAAUGAUAAUGACAGAUAUAUAAAGGGCAACUGUGCAAAAGAAAAUAAAUGUGGCUGGUGGUUUAACAGGUGCCACACAGCAAAUCUAAAUGGCUUGUACUAUAAAAAUGGCAAUUAUACAGGAGAACAUGACAAUGGCAUUGUAUGGUCCACCUGGCAUGGGCUAUGGUACUCUCUAAAGUUCUCCACCAUGAAGAUCAGACGUCCAUCAUUUCUAAGUGCUGGGAGUGGGGAUGGGAUGAAUGUAUAAAUCCAGAAUGUGAAAAAAGGAGCUGAUCUAGACUAUGCAAAUCACUCCAUGAUAUAGUUUAUGUGUAGGACAUGUAUUAUACAAAGCAAUGUAAUCAAAGUAUACGCCAGUAUGGGAAGAAUACUAGCAGGCAGAUGGCUAUAGUAGUUAAAGGGGAAAAAAAAGUUUCAUAAAUCAACUGGUGCCUGAAAGUUAUGCAGAUUUGUAAAUUACUU